UCGCGGCGAUGGGAGGGAUCAACUACUUGAGACGGAACAGGGCGGCGUUGACGGAGGCGGAGGAUGUGGAGUCCUCCUGGGAGGAGUUGCCGACACCGCCGACGACGUUGCCGACGCCCCUGCCCGCCGGCACCGGCUGGAGCAGCAGCGCCGCGGGGGGGACUUCGUGGGGGAAAGCCAUGCUGGGCGCCGGGGUGGGCGCGGGGGCUAAGCCGGCUAAGCCCUCCUUCGUCUCCUACAUCAGCCCUGAGGAAGUGUAUGUGAGGCAACCCAUAGAAAAAGAAGUGGAACCUCACUUGUUACCAGGUGAGCUGGUGCUUUGUGAAGCAAACAUGGUUUUGAAAUUUGUACAAGACGAUGGAUCAAAUCGUGGCACUUUCGGAAAACUUAUUUGCACAAACUUCAAGAUUUCAUUCCUUGGAGAAGAAUCCACUGUAGAGGAUGAACCACAGUUUAAAAAUAAAAUCUUGGAAGAAAAUGACAUAACACUUCAAUGUAUAGAUCAACUUUAUGGAGUUUAUGAUGAGAAAAGAAAACCUCUAAGUGGUCAACUGAGAAAAUAUCCAGAAACAAUAAUAAUCUACUGUAAAGAUCUUAGAGUGUUUCACUUCUGUUUAAGAUAUACCAAGGAAGAAGAAGUUAAAAGGAUUGUCAGUGGCGUAGUUCAUCAAACACAGACCCCUAAGCUAUUUAAACGCUUGUUUCUGUUCUCUUAUGCAUCAGCUGCCCCAAAUAAUUUAGAGAAAGAGAAUCAAGUAGUAUGGUUUGAUUCUAUUAAAGACUGGCGUCAAGAAUUGGAGCGGACCAAAGGAAAUCUAAAAUACAAAGCGGUGAAUGCCAAUGAAGGUUAUAAAGUCUCUAAAAAGUUGCCUCCCUAUUUUGUUGUUCCAAUGGCUAUUUCUGAAGAGAGCCUUUUGCAGUAUCUAGGAAGAGGAAUUCCAGUUUGGUGUUGGUCUUGCCAUAAUGGUGCUGCUCUCCUCAAGAUGUCAACUUUUGCCAAAGAACAAGAUGACAACACUUCCCAGCUGCACAAACUAUUCUUGGAUGGAAUGUAUAAAACAAUUGAUAAGCCUCCAUAUGAAGCCUUGAAAAUUGAAGACCUUUCAAGCAGCCUUCCAUCUUUGCAAGAAAUCCAAGUUGCAUAUACUAGAUUUAAACAGCUGUUUUUAAUAGAUAACAGUGCAGAAUUCUGGGAUACUGAUGUAAAAUGGUUUUCACUGUUGGAAAGUACAAAUUGGCUAGAAAUCAUAAGGCGAUGUCUGAGAAAAACAAUAGAUAUUAUUGAAUUGCUUGAAGUACAGAGCACAAAUGUUCUUCUUCAAGAGGAGAAUGCUUCUGAUCUCUGUUGUGUGACUGCCUGUCUGGUUCAAGUUAUGAUGGAUUCAUACUGUAGAACAAAGCUGGGAUUUCAGAGCCUUAUUCAGAAAGAAUGGAUCAUGGGAGGACAUGCUUUCUUGGAUCGGUGUAACCAUCUGAGGCAAAGUGAUAAAGAAGAGGCUCCAGUUUUCUUGCUCUUCCUGGACUGUGUUUGGCAACUGGUUCAGCAAUAUCAACCAGCGUUUGAAUUUACCGAAACGUAUCUUACUGUUCUGUCUGACAGCCUUUACAUCCCCAUAUUUAGCACCUUCUUCUUCAAUUCUCAACAUCAGAGAGAUACCACCACGUAUGGAGGAAGUCUUGAUACAGAAGGCAGCAAACUUAGUUUUCUUUCGGUAUGGGAUUGGUCUGUGCAGUUUGAACACGAGGGUCAAGCUUUGCUUAACAACCCUCUUUAUGCAGAAAAGCCAAAACUAGACAAAAUUCAGAAAAAAGCUUCACGAUUCAAGCAUCAGCGGCAACUCUCUUUGCCCCUGACACAAACGAAACCUCCCCCAAGAAGGGGAUUUUUUAAGGAGGAAACAGACCAAUUAAUUAAAAACCUCUUGGGCAAAAGAAUCAGCAGGUUGAUAACUUCUUCCGAUGAACUUCAGAAUAGUUCCAGAGAAUUCUAUGACAGUUGGCACAGUAAGCCUGUUGACCUUCAUGGACUCCUCCUGCCUUGUCUGGAAGGACCAGAAAUCAAAGUGUGGGCACAGAGAUAUUUACGAUGGAUUCCUGAAGCUCAACUCCCUAGUGGAGGCGCAGUUGCCACUGCCACAAAAGUCUUAGAUGUAAUGGAGGAUGUACAGGGUUUGCAGAAGAAAAUGGACGAAAGGCAUCGUCAGGCUGAGACUCAGGAUGAUACAGAAGCUUCUCCCUUUAUGAGAAAUCCUGCUCGUUUGUCAUCAUUAUUUCCCUUUGCCUUGCUUCAGAGACAUUCUCUUAAACCAGUUUUGCCUACCAGCAUUUGGAAAGACUUGGAAGGUGAAGAAGAUUUGGCCAGGAGAGAUGAUGAAUAUGUUGAUCUAGGUGGUGAUUAAUGUAAUGCUUCCUUUCAAUUAUAGAUUUGAACCAUACUUCUGUUCAGUUACUGGAAUAAAAUUGGUUUCAGGGAGGCACAUAAUUUCCUUUGGGUUGUAUUCUGGCUAAAGAUAAUUAGUAAAGUUUUAAUACCGAACGAUUUCCACUUUGCUUGAGAACAUGGAUGUAUUUUCCAUAGACAUUGGGGAGGGGGAGGAUUACCUUAUUCUUGAUUAGGUUCUUCUGCCACAGGAAGGAAGAUCGCUUUUUUUAUUAUCACUGUGUAAGAACCUGCUGAGACAGCAUGGAAGGUAAUACUACAGCCGCAAGAUUAAACAAAAAUGAUUCUUUUCUCCAGCAACAAUCUGUUCUAUUUAUUGCCCCCCUCAGUAAAUGAGAGUUUUAUCUUCCUACCCACAAAACAUGAUUGUUGAGCAGUCAUGGGAAAAAUUAAGGUGUUGAAAAUAUCAAGAAAGAUCUAUUGGAACCUGCCUACUUCAGUUUUAAUAAGCAGUGGUGUCAAAUGUUCAGCAUUGGAAAACAGUCUAGUCUGGGAGGGUCAUCUAUUUUAUCCUUGAUAAAACUGAUUUUUCUGAGGAGAAUCUUGUUUUUUUAAGUAGUUUGAAUUUGUCAGUUGUUUUAAAUUUGAGCUUGAAAAAUAAAGAGUAAAGACUAUCACAAA